CUCUGGGAUGUUAUGCCGGUUUUGUUUUGAUAUGUAUGCACCGUUUAUGCCAAAAUUAUCAGCCACGUGUGAUGUGUUGAUGUCUUGAUAUUGAUAUAUUUAUUCUGUGAAGCAAUUCCUAAAGCCCAGGCGAAGAAUGGGGGAAAGUAUUUGGAGUGGGAGCCAUGGUCAAAUGAGCAGAUUGGCUGAGCCUAUCAAAGCUGUUGAGGACAAAUGGAAGCUGCUGCCUGCUUUCCUGCAGACAAAAGGGCUGGUGAAGCAGCACAUUGACUCAUUCAAUUACUUCAUAAACACUGAUAUCAAGAAUAUUGUCAAUGCAAAUGACAAGGUUGUCAGUGAUGCAGACCCUAGUUUCUAUGUGAAGUACUUGAAUGUGCAUGUGGGUAUCCCUGAUGUGGAGGAGGGCUUCAACAUGAACCGGCCGACUUCGCCGCACGAGUGCCGGCUGCGCGACAUCACUUACUCGGCCACCGUCACCGUCGACAUCGAGUACACGCGCGGCAACCAGCGCGUCGUCAGGAACGGCCUGCCGAUCGGCCGCAUGCCCAUCAUGCUGCGCAGCUCCAACUGCGUGCUGACGGGCAAGACGCACGCCGAGCUGGCCAAGCUGGACGAGUGUCCGCACGACCCCGGCGGCUACUUCGUCGUCCGCGGAACCGAGAAGGUGGUGCUGAUCCAGGAGCAGCUCAGCAAGAACCGCAUGAUCGUGGAGCAGGACAGCAAGGGCAACGUGCAAUGCCAGGUCACCAGCAGCACCCACGAGAAGAAGUCGCGCACCAACCUCAUCUUCAAGCGCGGCAAAUACUACCUGAAGCACAACACCUUCAAAGAUGUGAUCCCAGUGUCGAUCGUCUUUAAGGCGAUGGGCAUUGAGUCGGACCAGGAGAUCGUGCAGAUGGUGGGCACAGAGAGCAACAUCAUGACCUCGCUGGCCUCCACCAUGGAGGAGUGCCACCGGGCGCAGGUCUUCACGCAGCUGCAGGCUCUCAAGUACAUGGGCAGUAAGCUGGUGCAGAAGGUGUACAUGGGAGGCUUCGGACAGAAGAAGAGUCCGGCCGACGAGGUGCGCCACCUGCUGGCCACCACUAUACUGGCCCACGUCCCGGUGGAGAACUACAACUUCAAGAUGAAGGCGUUCUACCUGGCGUUGAUGGUGCGUCGCGUGGUCGAGGCCCAGGCCGACGAGAAGGUGAUUGAUGACCGCGACUACUACGGCAACAAGCGCAUGGAGCUGGCCGGCUCGCUCAUCAGCUUGCUGUUCGAGGACCUGUUCAAGAAGUUCAACUGGGAGCUGAAGAUGAUCGCCGACAAGAACAUUCCGAAGGUGAAAGCGGCCCAGUUCGACAUCGUGAAGCACAUGCGGCAGGACCAGAUCAGCUUCGGUCUGGAACAGGCCAUCUCCUCGGGUAACUGGAUCAUCAAGCGGUUCAAGAUGGAGCGCCACGGCGUGACGCAGGUGCUCUCGCGGCUCUCCUACAUCUCCUGUCUCGGCAUGAUGACUCGGGUCAACUCGCAGUUCGAGCGGACACGGAAGGUGAGCGGGCCGCGGUCGCUGCAGCCGUCUCAGUGGGGCAUGCUCUGUCCGUCGGACACGCCCGAGGGCGAGUCGUGCGGGCUGGUGAAGAACCUGGCGCUGAUGACGCACAUCACGACCGAGGCCGACGACACGCCCAUCAUCCGCGCUGCCUUCAACAUCGGCGUUGAGGACAUCAACUUCCUCUGCGGCGAGGAGCUCAGUCAUAACUCCGUCUACAUCGUCUUUCUCAACGGCAACAUCCUGGGUGUGACGCGCAACUACCGCCGGCUGAUCCAGACGUUCCGUCUGCUGCGGCGCAGCGGCCUCCUCUCCGGCUUCGUCUCCAUCUACCCCAGCCACAAGCACCGCUGCGUCUACGUCAGCUCAGACGGCGGCCGGCUGUGCAGGCCGUACAUCAUCGUGGAGCGGAGCCGACCGCGCGUCACGGCCGCCCACAUGGAGGAGCUGGCGCGCGGCCUGCGCACCUUCCAGGACUUCCUGCACGACGGCCUGGUCGAGUACCUGGACGUGAACGAGGAGAACGACAGCAACAUCGCCCUCUACGAGAAGGACAUUACGGCGGUGACGACGCACCUCGAGGUCGAGCCGUUCACGCUGCUGGGAGUGUGCGCCGGCCUCAUCCCCUAUCCGCACCACAACCAGAGCCCGCGCAACACGUACCAGUGCGCCAUGGGCAAGCAGGCCAUGGGCACGAUCGCGUGGAACCAGCGCAACCGCAUCGACACGCUGAUGUACAACCUGGUGUACCCGCAGAAGCCGAUGGUCAAGUCCAAGACCAUCGAGCUCAUCAACUUCGAGCAGCUGCCGGCCGGCCAGAACGCCAUGGUGGCCGUCAUGAGCUACAGCGGUUACGACAUCGAGGACGCGCUCAUCCUGAACAAGGCGUCCCUGGACCGCGGCUACGGCCGCUGCCUCGUCUACAGGAACUCCAAAUGCACCCUGAAGAGGUACGCCAACCAGACGCACGACCGCGUGCAGGGUCCGCUGGUGGACGCCGAGACCAGGGAGCCCAUCUGGCGGCACAAGGCGCUCGACGCCGACGGCAUCACCGCGCCGGGCGAGAUCGUGGAGAACAAGCAGGUGCUGGUGAACAAGUCGAUGCCGACGGUGACAAUGAACCCGCUGAACGCGCCGGCCGGGGCGCCGCGCCAGCCGCCCGAGUACAGGGACGUGCCUGUCACGUACAAGGGCCCUGUGCCGUCGCACAUCGAGAAGGUGAUGAUCUCGUCCAACGCCGAGGAGGCGUUCCUCAUCAAGCUGCUGCUGCGCCAGACGCGCCGGCCCGAGCUGGGCGACAAGUUCAGCAGCCGUCACGGACAGAAGGGCGUCACUGGUUUGAUCGUGGACCAGGAGGACAUGCCGUUCACGGACCAGGGCAUCUGCCCCGACAUGGUGAUGAACCCGCACGGCUACCCGUCCCGCAUGACGGUCGGCAAGCUGAUGGAGCUGCUGGCCGGCAAGGCCGGCCUCAUGGAGGGCAAACUGCACUACGGCACCGCGUUCGGCGGCUCGAAGGUGCGCGACGUGAGCGAGACGCUGGUCCGCUUUGGCUACAACUACCAGGGCAAGCAGGUGAUGACGUCGGGAAUCACCGGCGAGACGCUCACCGGCUACAUCUACUUCGGGCCGAUCUACUACCAGAAGCUGAAGCACAUGGUGCUGGACAAGAUGCACGCUCGCGCCCGCGGGCCCCGUGCCGUGCUGACGCGCCAGCCGACGGAGGGCCGCUCGCGCGAGGGCGGCCUCCGGCUGGGCGAGAUGGAGCGCGACUGUCUGGUGGCGUACGGCGCCUCCAUGCUGCUGCUGGAGCGGCUGAUGAUCUCCUCGGACGCCUUCUCCGUGGACGUGUGCAACACAUGCGGCGCGCUGGGCUACUCGGGAUGGUGUCACUUCUGCCAGUCGAGCGGCGCCGUCUCAUCCAUCCGCAUCCCGUACGCCUGCAAGCUGCUCUUCCAGGAGCUGCAGUCCAUGAACGUGUUUCCCAAGAUCAAGCUGAAGAAGUAUUGGGAGUGAGGGUGGCGGCUGCGGGACCCACGGCUCGGUGGACCGAAGGCCGUCUGGCUGUGGCGGUACGAGGCAUUGUUACCAAUGUUUUGGUAUGUGAUCGGUAUGCUGUUGAAUACAGGACGCUUCCGCCCGGGAUGGGUCGGAGCUGUCACUGUGCGA